GCCAGUGCUCUGUGAAAUCCCUCCUGCGGCUCUGAGAGCUGGGAGUGUGAGUGAAUGUAGCCCCGCAGAGCCAAUGAGCUGGGACCGGAUGCAAUAUAUCCUCUGGGACAACAACUGCUCUGUUCCUCCUCAGUUCCACAUGACGCCAUUUACUGCUGCAUAUCCCAGACCUCCGGAAAGAAAGAGAGCAGAGAAACUCCAGCCCAGCUCAGAUCACAGUCAUCUAAACACACAACAACAAGCACUAGGACCCAACCCCCAAAACAAGCAGCGACUGCAAGCUCCUAUGUCUCAUGCAGCACUCCAGAGAGCAGAUCUGUAACACAUUACAAGCUGGUUUCUUUUAAACUUCGGUGGAAACAAGUUUUUUGGGGGUAUUAAAUUUACUUUUUGCACGACUGCUUUUGCAACUUUUUUUCUUGCAUUCAAGGAUUCUGCAACUUAUUGUUGGUGAACUUCACAUGUACAUAUUUUAAUAAAGAAAAAAGUUGUUGAAGAAAGAAGCCUGCAUUGGGUCUAUUUACACUUUGGAAUCUUGCGUUUUUGUUUGUUUUCCUUAUUUGGAACAUUUCCUAUCGGACUCUGCAAGUUUGGCUACAAGUAUCUCUCGGGAUUGGAUUUGUUUUUGCUAAAGUGCGAGUACAAAAUAACAAUCUAGGGGCGAGGAGUUUCUGAGUGGCCACGGAUACGGAUUUCAGAUGUGUUCUCAGUCUACUGGAGUGAACACUCUUCAGAGUACUGAUGGAUGCAAGAGUACAAAAUGGCAGUGGAUCCCAGCCUUUGCUUCAGGCUCGGCGUGACAACACGAGACAGCAUGGUGAUACAGACCCAAGGGAUAUUCUAACGCAGCAAGUUCAUGUUUUAUCUUUGGAAGAGAUAAGAGCCAUAAGGAAUACUAAUGAGUAUACAGAAGGGCCAACAGUGGCACCACGGCCUGCAAUUAAACCUGCUCCACGUCAGCUUACCCAAAACAAAAAUGAAAGAAUACUUGUGGUAACUGAUCAGAGACAAUUUAACAGGAGUCCUAUUUCUUCACAAAUGCAUUCAUCAUCACGGGCACCUUUGUCUCGAUCCAUAAGCACCGCUAGUUCAGGAUCUCGAGGUAGUACAAGGACAAGCGCAAGUAGCAGUCCGUCAGAACAGCGACUGCUCGGAACCAAUUCUGGAUUGGUUACAGACAGAAUAAUUCGUGUACAGCCCAAAUCUGAGCUAAAAUCAGAAGAGUUAAAGCCCUCUAGCAAAGAAGACUUAAGCUUGCAUGCAUGCAGGUGUGAAGACUGUGGCAAAUGUAAGUGCCAAGAAUGCACUUAUCCAAGAACUCUUCCUUCUUGUUGGAUUUGUGACAAACAGUGCCUUUGUUCAGCACAGGAAGUGGUUGACUAUGGGACUUGUGUUUGCUGUGUAAAGUCCCUUUUUUAUCACUUUUUAAAUGAUGAUGAGGACAAUUGUGCAGACAACCCUUGUUCAUGCAGUCAGCCACACUGCUGUACUCGCUGGUCUGCCAUUGGUGUCAUGGCUAUGUUUUUGCCAUGCCUGUGGUGUUAUCUUCCAGCCAAGGGAUGCCUUAAAUUAUGCCAGGGCUGUUACGAUCGGGUAAAUCGGCCCGGUUGUCGAUGCAAGAGGUCAAAUACAGUUUAUUGUAAAGUUCCACAACUUCAGCCUAGAAACUUAGAAAAACCAACAUAGCACAGCAAAACGUUAAAGAAAAUUAACAGAACUGACUAUUAGCAAAUGUAUACAACCAGCUAAAGUUUUUAUCAUCUUUGCAUAAUUAGUAAAGAGCUUUGGGAUGCUUUCCAGUUUGCCGUGAAAUAUUUUUCAUAUGCUAUCUUAACUGAAAGGCUUGUUAGAGAAUUGCUAAUUAAGCUCAGAAUAGGAUCCAGUGAUCUGUGACCCACAUAUUAUUAUAUAAGCUAAAGCAACACAGACACUCCUACGCAAUUGUGUAUUUUGUGAAUAGUACUUGCAACAUUUGUAAAUUAGCAUAUGACUUUCAAAAAUUGUUUUUCUGUCAGAGAUAAUGUGCUAUAUUUUUGUACAUAAACAAUAUUUACAACUGUGAAAAAUAGUGCCCAUGUGUACGGCACAGUCACAAAUUUUACUAAUGUACAUUUGACAGAAUGUGAAUCAAUCAGUAUGGUUAGAUUGUACUUUGCCUUAUGGAACUUUAAUAUUACCAGACUUUUACUCUUCAGACUUUCUGUAUAUUGUACAGUUACAGUAAGAUUCAACUUUUAUUUUCUAAUUUUUCAACAUAUUGUUUAGUGUAAAGUAUAUUUAUUUGAAGUUUUAUUAUUUUAUAAAAGAGAUAUUUAUUUUAAGAGGCAUCUUACAAAUGGUCCCCUUUUUUAUGAUAUCAGUUUCUACAAAUAGGGCGACUGAUGCAUAUGUUCACUAUAAAAUAGAAAAUAUAUUAAUGUUUGAAAUUAAA